GGUUUCUCAUACGGUCUUAUCGACACACUGAACAAACACUUCCAAGAGAGUCUUGGUAUCACACGUGCCCGUUCAUCCGGACUCCAAGCAGCUUACUUUGGCGCAUACCCACUCGCCUCUCUCGGCCACGCAAACUGGCUGCUGCGACACUGGGGAUACAAGACCGUGUUCAUCUGGGGACUCUUUUUGUACGGUGUUGGCGCUUUGGUCGCUUGGCCAUGUCUCUUGCAUCGCUCAUUUGGCGGCUUCUGUGGGGCCACGUUCAUCAUGGGCAGUGGGCUUGGAUCGCUUGAGACGGCCGCAAACCCAUAUCUUGCGGUUGUGGGCCCUCCCAAAUACAGCGAGCUACGAAUCAAUCUCGCGCAGGCUUUCAAUGGUAUCGGGACUGUUGCUUCACCUGUCCUGGCGUCUUACGUGUUCUUCAAGAACACAGGCUACGAUGCGGAGGCGUUGAAGAAUGUGCAAUGGACCUACCUUGCCAUCGCUUGCUUCGUGUUUCUGCUGGCGAUCGUCUUCUACUUUUCGCCCAUUCCUGAGGUCACUGAUGCCGAUAUGGCCUUCCAAGCCGAGGCCACGCACGCCGGCACAGACGUGAAGCCGUUCUCAAAACAGUAUCGACUCUUCCACGCUACGUUCGCACAGUUCUGUUAUACAGGAGCGCAAGUUGCCCUUGCAGGGUCGUUCAUCAACUAUGUCACCGAGACACGAGUCAAACGCAAUGGCCCCACGAGCUCAUCCGAUGCAGCGAAGUUUCUCGCCGGUGCUCAGGGAGCCUUCACAUUCGGCCGCUUUGCAGGCAGUGCGCUGAUGAAGUUUGUCAAACCUCGUUGGGUGUUCCUCGUCUACAUGACAUGUGUGAUAGUGUUUCUCAUACCGACCAUCACCGAACGCGGCAAUACAGGUAUGAGCAUGUUGUUCAUCGUGCUCUUUUUCGAAUCGAUAAUUUUUCCAACCAUUGUCGCUCUGGGUAUGCGCGGUCUAGGAAAGUACUCCAAACGCGGCUCAGGCUUCAUUGUCGCCGGAGUAUCUGGUGGUGCAGUGGUUCCACCUCUUCUCUUCGUCGCGGCCGAUGCUCAAGGUGCUAUCAACUACGAAACAGGUCAUGCGCCGACGGCCAUCGCGAUGAGUGUGCCACUCGCCUUCAUGAUUGUAGCCUGGUCGUACCCAAUCUGCAUCAAUUUCGUACCAGCUUACAGGAACGUGGCGGAUAGUUUCUCAGAGACGGAAUUGGGAAUCACAAAUGCGCACGCAAAUGACCCAGAGAAUUUGGUAGGCGGCCACAACGGAUUUGACGAGGGCCAUGCUAAGAGUGAUCCAUCGGCGCACACGGAGACUGUGGACAUGGACAGAAAAUACUGA